AAGUUGUGACACAUGGAUCGCAGCCUUUUUCUUGGCCGCUAUGCAUCUUCGUCAAUUCGCCAGUCAAGCAUGUGAGCAUCAGCAACUUGCGCAUAUGCGACUUCUUUGUCAGCGACGAGCACGAUCAAGGAGAUAGCUCGAGCUCGACAGUCCCUAAUCAGGUCGAGACUUUGCAACUCUACUUUUUGAUUGAACUCGCUGAAGCAGGAUGGGAAGCAUACGCCCCUCGUAUUGUUCGAGCACUCGCGAACUUACCAUUCCUUCAACGUCUCGAGAUUGUUUUCAAGACGACGGUGAUGAUUAUGAAGCUUUUAUAGCUUUUAUUUCUGUGUUCAUCUCUGCGGACUGGACCAUUAUCCAGCUCGCGAAUCUGCGCUAUAUCGUGCUAAAAUCCAUGGGCAUGAACUACGAGUCACUGGCGAGCCUCCUCUGUUCAAAUGCAGGUACACUUGAGACUGCCGUAUUGAACAAUGUGGAGCUUUUCGACGAGGCUUGGUCGAGAGUCUUUGACAGCCUCAGUGCACCGAAGUUUGCUUUGAUGUGCCACUUGAGGAUGAGCGACUGUUCGUACCAGAGCGAGGACUUGUCAGACGAGAUCCGUUCUCGCGACACAAGAAGCUGGGUGAAGCUGCAAAUUGCUAUUGAGGAGCGUUUAGAAGGGCACGAUGAGACUGAAUCGCACAAUUGGCAGAGUUUUGCUUCUCCCUAUGAAGCGGGCCACCUGCGAGAGUGACAGAGCGAUACAAAUGCGCCGCUACAGAAUAUUUCUACUGCACGUAUAGCAGAAGUGAUCACGUCAAAAAAGCGAGGCAUAAGGCCCUCAAACACAGCUUUAGUU